AUGCUGGGUAAAAGAAAGCUAAGAGACUAAAAAGAAUAAAAAUAAGUCAAAAAAUGGUAAGAGGAGUUAGAUGAAGAUGAGGAUGAUAGUGAUGCUGAUCUAUCAGAUGAUGAAAAUUUGCAGAAACUUAUAAAGGAGAGCAAGCUUAUUGAUUAAAAUUAAUUUGAGGUAGAUGAAGAUGAUGAACUCUACAUGUACCAUUAAAAUUUGUUUAAAUGUAUUUUUUUCAAGGCGGAAAAAGAUAAAAGGACAAUAUUCGUGUGGAACAUCACAGAACAAGCUCAUGAAUCUGAUUUAGAUAAAAUCUUUGGACAACAUGACCUCCUCAGAGCAGAGGGCAUGACUUUCAACAAAGGAAGAUGCUUCAUUGAGUUUACUAAUCCGGAGUCUGCAUAAAAGGCAGUUGAGGAGGUAAACGAAAAAGUUGAAUUGAAAGGGAAAAUGCUAUAAUGUCUAAUAGGCAUUAGUGGAGCAACUUCAAGCAAAUUUUAAGAUAAAUAGAUAUUGAUUGAGAAAAAGGAGAAGAAAGAACAGAAGUUAUUAGAAAUACAAGAGAAAAGGAAAUAGUAAAGGAAAGAGCAAAGGGAAAUAGAGAAAUUAAGAGAUCAAGAAUAAUCAGAUGACGAAGAAGAAUCUAGUGAUGAGUAUGAGAGUGAAGACGAAGAAUUAAAUGAAAUUAAUGUUCAAGAUGACCAUAAUCAAAGAUUGUAAAACGGAAAUAAAAAUCAAGACCAAGAAGAAACUUUCUAGAUAAAUACAAUGCUUUGA